ACAGGAGAGGUUGUUGAAUUCCCUGCGUGCACCACACACUCGGAAUAUGCAGAUCCACCUAACGUCACACGGGGGGCGAAAGUGAAAAUAAACCGAAGUGACGUCUGUGCUGUGAGCAGAAGUGUAUAUUCUGAAAUACCCAAAGAUAUUUUUCAGGGCAAACCAGCUAUUACACCACGAGCGUAAAGUAGUUGGACAGUAAAACGUUAUGAACUAUUUCGUGCUAGGAAAUUUGGAAUAAGUUGAUUAGUUAAUCAAGCGAUUUCUCCAGAAGAGGAAAUUGUGUCUGCCUCGUGGAAUGGCGCAGAAGAAAAUCGAACUACGCUAAAGGUACGCCUGGUCUGAGAUGAUGAAUGAUGCCAGAUUAGAUGAUCAACAGUGAGGGUUUUACGAUACCAGCCCUCCCGUAAGGAUGGAGGAAACAGCAGCCAAAACGAGUCUUUCAGAAGGAGGGAAGGUGAAGGAAUCCUCUUCAAGGAGCCUCAUCCAUCAGGAGAGACCUACAUCACCUGUGCCCACUUGUGUGUCCAUGAAGAGUGACGAGUCAGUGGAUCGCUUUAUCAACUUCAAGAAUGCAGAUUACACUGAUGCAUCAAGGAGCCUCAUCCAUGAGGACAGACCUCCAUCACCUGUGCCCACUUGUGUGUCCAUGAAGAGUGACAUGUCAGUGAAUCGCAUGAUCAACUUCCAGAAUGCAGAUUACACUGAUGCAUCAAGAGGCCAGAUGCAGGAAUGGGACCCAGAUGCUGUCAGUGACCCGUUUACCAAGUCUCAACAGGAGGACCUGAAACACAUAUUCCAGGUGUUAGAGGAGAAGAUCAUCACCUUUGUGAAGAAUGAACUGAAGACAUUCAAGAGGAUGCUGAGUCCAGAUUACCAAGAGAACUUUGAGAGUAAAGAGGAGAAUGAGAGUGAUGUCAGAGAAGGGGCUCUGAAGAUGGCACUGCACUUCCUUAAGAAUAUGAAGCUGAAAGAUCUCGCUGACAAACUCUGCAUUAGCAACAAAGUAAUUAUUACAUUUUGGUGUCAGUGGCUUACAAAACAUUAUUAUGUUUUAAUAUUUUGUGAAAUAGAUGAGCUGGACGUAGUUUGUCAGACUGAGCUAAAAAGAAAUCUCAAGAACAAGUACCAGAGUGUGUUUGAAGGAAUACGCAAGCAAGGAAGCUCUGCUCUUCUAGACAAGGUCUACACAGAGGUCUACAUCACAGAGGGAGGAAGUGGAAAAGUAAAUGAAGAGCAUGAAGUCAGACAGAUUGAGUCAAGAUCCAAGAGACCAGCUGGACAGGAGACAUCAAUCAAAUGCAGUGACAUCUUUAAACCCUUACCUGGCCAAGACAAACCAAUCAGAAGUGUCGUCACAAAAGGAGUUGCUGGCAUUGGUAAAACUGUUUCAGUUCAGAAGUUCAUCCUGGACUGGGCAGAGGGAAAAGAAAACCAGGAUAUCCACUUCAUAUUUCCACUGCUGUUUAGGGAGCUCAACCUCAUGAGAGAAAAACAGCUCUCUUUGAUGGAUCUCCUCCACCACUUCUUCACAGAAAUAAAGCAGUCAACUUUUCCCAGCCAAGGGAAGUGCAAAGUGUUGUUCAUCUGUGAUGGUUUGGAUGAAUGUCGACUCCAACUAGACUUUCAGAAUAAUGAAAGUUUGACUGAUGUGACAAAGGUCACCUCAUUGGACGUACUCCUGACAAAUGUCAUCAAGGGUAAUCUGCUCCCCUCUGCUUUACUUUGGAUUACCUCUCGACCAGCAGCAGCCAAUAAAAUCCCUCCUGAGUGUGUUGACCGGGUCACAGAGGUACAAGGGUUCAAUGACCCACAGAAGGAGGAGUACUUCAGGAAGAGGAUCAGUGAUCAGAAUCUUGCCAGCAGAGUCGUCUCUCACGUCAAAUUAUCAAGGAGCCUCCACAUUAUGUGCCACAUACCAGUGUUCUGCUGGAUUGCUGCUACUGUUCUUGCAGUGAUUCUUGGCUCUUCAGGAGGUGGACAGAUUCCAAAGACUUUGACAGAGAUGUAUACCUAUUUCCUUAUUUUCCAAACCAAACAGAGGAGCUUAAAGUUUGAAAAUGUGCAGGACCUUGAUCCACAGUGGAACCAGAAAGUUAUCCUUGGUCUUGGAAAGUUGGCAUAUGAACAGUUAGAGAAGGGUAAUCUGAUUUUCUAUGAAGAAGACCUAAAAGAGUCUGGCAUUGAUGUCAGAGAGGCAGCAGUAUGCUCUGGCAUCUGCUCCCAGAUCUUUCAAGAAGAAUCAGGGCUUUAUCAAGGAAAGGUUUUCUGCUUUGUGCAUUUAAGUGUCCAGGAGUAUCUUGCAGCUUUGUAUGUGUUUUUGAUGAUGGCAGUUAAAGGGAAAGACAUAAUAUCCAGACACCAAGCUCCUGAAAAAUCCCUUACUCUUUGGAAAAGGAUAUUGAAUGUGUCUCCUUCAAUGGAGGAAUCCAUGAUCAUCUUACACAAGAGUGCCGUGGACAAAGCUUUGGAGCAUGAAGAUGGACGCUUAGACCUAUUUCUCCGUUUCCUUCUUGGCCUCUCUCUGGAGUCUAACCAGACCCUCCUGCAUGGCCUACUACAGAGAGGACAAAAUCAGAUGGGCAAUGAAGAAACAAUCAGUUACAUUAAGGAAAAGAUCAGGGAGGUUCCUUCAUCAGAAAGGGUCAUCAACCUCUUCCACUGCCUGCAUGAACUCAAUGAUCACUCCUUAGUGGAAGAGGUCCAGAGCUUCCUGAGUGCUGGGACACUUUCUGGAGCUGAACUCUCACCUGCCCAGUGGUCAGCUCUAGUGUUUGUGCUGCUGACAUCAGAACAGAAGCUGGAUGAGUUUGACUUGAAGAAGUACAUCAGAUCUGAUGAAGGUCUCCUAAGGCUGCAGCCAGUAGUGGAGGAAUCUCAGAAGGCUCAGCUCAAUAGCUGUGGGCUCACUGAAAGGAGCUGUACAGCACUGGCAUGUAUCCUCAGCAAACCAUCUUCAAAACUGAAAAAUGUGGAUCUCAGUGACAACAGUAUUGGAGAUAUUGGGGUCCAAGAACUCUGUAGUGGACUAAAGAACCCAAACUGUGCACUGGAGACACUCAGCCUGUCAAACUGCAGUAUUACAGAAGAGGGCUUCAGUUCUCUUGCAUCAGCACUGAGAUCAAAUCCCUCACACAUGAGCGAGCUGUGGCUGAAUGGGAAUAAAGCAGGAGACUCAGGAGUGAAGCAUCUUUCUUCUCUUCUGGAGAAUCCCAACUGUAAACUGGAGAACUCACUGAAAGAACGGCCCAAGAUCAUAUGA